CCCACGUCCACAAACGCAAUGCAGUCCACCGCAGACUACGUCCUCAUCCAGUCCGGUGACGACUGGGAGUAUGCGCCGUCGUACGCGGCCGCUAUGCCCAUGAGACAGCGGAAGAAGGAAUCUUCGGGAGAGCGAUACGUGCUUCUUUGCGCGGCGGCCCUUGCCAUGGCGUCGUUGUCGUUCUUUUCGACCGUCGUCCUGCACAUUCCGCAGACCCUUGUCCAGUGACACCGUCGCCCAUAAAAUGCGGCAUUUGCUCGUCUAUACCAGGGGUGGGCGUUCAGCUUCAGAGGUCGCGAGACCUCGAAUCUUUGUCAUCACAUUCCUGGCCGUUCGAGAGGCUACCCCGAGUGGUUCUCCUGCUAUCUCCUAACCAUCGGGACCGCGUUUCGUGCGCUCAACCCAUCGCCGCGGCGGCAUGACGCAGACAAAAAGUUUCCUUAUCUUCCGGAAUACACGCUUUCGCAGGAAAUACAUCUCCGACUAGUCGCAGUCUCGUCUCAUGCUAUGCUCUCGUUUCGCUCUUUUGGAUAUACCCUAUAGUUAUUGCCACCACUGUGCUGUCUGGACUCUGCUGUAUACGAAGUAAAAUAGAUCUUUUAAUUUGGCUAUA